ACAUCGCCCUACUCUAUAUAUAACCAUCGGUAGUUGCUCCUGCUUCCACUGAAACUCAAACUCAAACUCUCAAACCAACACAGGAAAACAAUACCAAUUACUUCUACUCCACACUACUCAACUCCACACCACAAUCAAUGGCGGACCCUAACUUCUCCUUCCUUCUCAUCCUCCCUCUCGCUCUCCUCCUCCUCCUCCUCUACUUCAUCUUCCGCCCCCGCCCCACCACCAUCCCAAUCAAGAACCGCCACGUCUUCAUCACUGGCGGUUCCAGCGGCAUCGGCCUCGCUCUAGCCCACCUCGCAGCCUCUGAGGGAGCCAAAGUCUCCAUCCUCGCACUACCUUUCGACAAGCUUGAGGAGGCCAAGAACUACAUCCAGCUCUCCACUGGCAUUGACGUCGCCGUCUUCGCCGCCGAUGUCCGUGACUACGACGCAGUUUCAAAGGCUUUUGAGGCGGCGGGCCCGAUUGAUGUGUUGGUAGUCAACCAGGGAGUGUUUGUGGGCAGGGAGUUAGAGAAGCAAGGAUUGGAUGAGGUUAGGUUCAUGGUGGACGUCAAUUUGAUGGGUAGUUUCAAUGUGAUCAAAGCUGCUUUGCCGGGAAUGAAAGACAGGAAGGACCGUGGACCGGGUUCAAUUGCUCUGAUGUCGUCUGUGGCUGGUCAGGCUGGGAUUUACGGCUACACGGCUUAUUCCGCUAGCAAAUUUGGGCUCCGUGGUUUGGCUGAAGCUCUACAACAAGAGGUCAUUAUAGAUGACAUUCACGUUUCGCUGAUUUUCCCUUCAGCUACUGACACUCCUGGACACACUAAAGAAACUAAGACGAGGCCGCAACUUAUCAACACUAUAAUGGAAACCUAUGGUACAAUGAAAGCCGAGGAAGUUGCGAAGAAAGCUUUGGAUGGAAUCAAGUCUGCUUCCUUUAUUGUGCCUUGCAACUUUGUAGGGCUUUUGUUGUCCAUUGCCACUGCUGGGUUGUCACCCCAGAGAUCAUUCAUCAUGGCAUUUGUAGAGGUGGCUACUGCUGGUAUAAUACGGAUAAUUGCUUUGGGAUUUCAGUGGAAUUGGUAUACAUAUAUACACAAGUGGCAUGGACAAAACAAAGGACCUAAAGUUCUUGUUGCAUGAUUUGGGUAUUGUUAGUUUCUGAAGUUAGCAGAAAGUGGAUUUUCGCUAUUGAAAUAUAGAGCUUAACACAAUUGCUCAAAGGAGGAUCUCAAUGUUUGACUAUGAUACAUUCAUAGAGUUUUAGGCUUUUAGACAGGGAAGCUGAAUUAUAUAUAUUUGAACUUUGAAUUCCAUUUUGCUUAUAUUAUCGUGUUUAUUGACCUAGAACGAAUGUAACUCCUAUAUGGGUGCUGUCAAUUGAAUAGUGUAUAAUAAUUUGAAAUGACUUGCC